UUCCGUUUCGCUGCUCUCGGCCUUUCCCCCCUUUUCUCAAGAGGGGCCUCGGAAGACGCUUCCCUCAGUCGCCGCGGUCCUCCGAGAUAUUUCCAGAUUUGCUGUAUGAGUCAAAUGAUCUAACAUUAAGUAAUUUCUCCUCUAACAAGUGCCUUUCAUGAGCACCAGACAAACAAAGAGAAAAUGGGAAGAAAGAGUGAAAGACAUUGAAGAACGAGCAUCUCAGUAUAAACAAAAGCCACUCUGCUCACAUUACAGACCACAGCUGUCCAAACCGUGGCAACCAUCCUCUGUUUGGAAACUGUUUCAUCGCCAAAUUCAAGCAUUUAACUUUGCCAAGAAUUGUAAAGAGGAUGUUCAUGUAUUUGCACUGGAAAAGAAUGCUGAAAACAAGCAGAGGUUUUAUCUUGUGACAACAUACACAGAACUUUGGUUUUAUUACAACAGACAUCAUGAAACAAGUCUCAUGCACUGCUAUGAAGUUAUUCCAGAAAAGGCUGUUUGCAAACUUUACUUUGAUUUGGAAUUUUACGUAUCAGUGAAUCCAGGAGCUGAUGGACCGCAGAUGGUUGCCUUCUUAAUAGAGCUGGUUAGCAAAAAAUUAGAACAACACUAUGGAGUGAAAUGUUCUGCUGAAGAUGUUUUGAAUUUAGAUUCUAGCACUGAAGAAAAGUUUAGUUGCCACUUAAUAUUUCAGCUCCACAAUGCUGCUUUUAAAAAUAAUAUUGAUAUAGGUACCUUUUUACGAACAAUUUUGCAACCUGCUAUUCUUCUAACGAAGAAUAAAGAUCCAGUGGUUCCAGAGAAACAGGUAAUCUCCGAGGUUUCUCAGAGUUAUGAAGCUACCGCUUAUUUGCCUAAUUGCCUUGAAAACCAGACGGUGACCAAGGACGUGCCACAAAGCUGGUCACUGGAUUCACACAGAACGCAGGAGCAAGGGACAUCUCAAUGGACAGAAAAUCCAGAUCUUUCUUCUCUAAUAGUGAAUGGGAAGCAUGGAGGAAAGCAACUAUUUGUGGAUCUUGGAGUUUACACAAAGAACAGAAACUUCCGGCUGUACAAAUCAUCAAAAGCAGGGAACUGUGCCAUUUUAGACAUCGCUAAAGAUAACAAGUUUGUUCCUAAAUCUGUGAAGAAUUCUUCUAUAGAAGAACAAUAUUUCUUUUCCUCUUUGGUCUGUAAUGUGAGAUUCUCAAGUUGUUUAAAAAUUCUGUCCUGUGACAAGCCAGAAGAGAUGAAAGAAAAAUCUGCUUGUUUAGAUGGCAGCAUUUCCAGUAGCAACUUUGAACCCAUUGGAGGAUACCAAAGUUCGCCCUAUCCAGAAAUCGAUAACUUCAUUGUCUCUUUAGUCAAUACAGAUAACAUUCAAGGAGGGAUACGGCGAUGGAAUUAUUUUUCUCUUGAAGAGCUUCUUGUAUAUGACAUCUCUAAGAAUCGCUGGUGUAGAAAUAUUGGUAGAGCUCACAGAAGUAACAAUAUAAUGAUUAUAGUAGAUCUAAAAAGGGAGAUCUGGUAUCAAAAAUGUCAUGAUCCUAUUUGUAGAGCAGAAAACUUCAAGUCAGAAUGUUUUCCAUUGCCAUCUAAAAUAUGCCUCCCGUUCCUUUUCAAAGAGGAUGAAGACUAUGUAUAUAUAAUGGACGGAAAUGGGAACAUAGAAGAAAAAGCAAACAUGCAAAAUUCUACAGGCUUGCCAACAGCGAAACAAGAAAAUAAAGGCCCAAACAAGAAACGUUCAAGUGUUGAGGGGGAUGAUGAACUUGAUGACAUAUCUUUUUUGGAAGCUUCAGAAGAUGUGGAACUAGCUGAAGCUGUGGCUAAUUUUCAUCCUCAGAGGAACUGGGUUGUUGACGAAAUACCAGACAAGCUCCUUGUAGAUGCUUUAAGAAAACAUGAAGUUGAUGAAGUUAAGGAAUAAGGGGGGAAACAACUGGGUGUUGUCUUGGCAGAGAAACAGCACAUACCUUACCGUUACUCAUCUAGAAUGGGAAUACCCAUAUCACCUUCAUUCUGUGGCCUUUACUAAGCAUAUAAUGGGGGACUGUAACAUUAACCACUUAACAAAAGAGUAGAAAGGUUUCCUUCAUUUCAGAGUGGUUUUCCCCCUCCUUCCAUCCUAUUAACAUUGUCAGACUUAAAGAGGACAUAUUUGGCGUGAUGCAACUCGCACUAUCCCUGUAGUCUUGAUGACACAAUAAAAUGAAUUCUCGUAAGAAGGGCUCAGUGAGAUAGUAUUGUUUUACUGUAGUUAUUAUUUUAGCUAGAACAUAUUAAGAACUUAAUGCUUGUUAUACAUGUCAGUAUCUGCAUUUUGCACAAAUAAAAAUGACAUUUUUACACAAAAUAAGGUU